AUGAACUGUCAAGCAAGUACAGGUACAGGGCAUCAUGAGGACUUUUUCACUCGUGCAAUAAUCGUGGGAAUUGUGAAAGCAAUCGUUUUGCUGAUUGGUGGAAUCUUCUUCUGGAGAUUAACAGUCUUCCACACGACAAGGAAAUACUUCGAGGCGAAAUCCGAAGGAGUUGCGUUCCCAACAGAGGCAGAAACAGGAGUGGAAAAGCUCAUGAGGCCGAUAUAG